UGCAUACACUAUAAAAUUGAAGACGAAACCCUAGCUACCUGCAUUUUCAUUCGGUCCCUCUGCUCCCGUUCCCCUCAGGCUCGCACAUCUCAACUCGGCUCCGGCGGCGGCGGCGGCUCCGGCUCUGUUAGCAGACAUGGUGAAUGUUCCCAAGACCAAGAAGACUUACUGCAAGAAUAAGGAGUGCAAGAAGCACACCCUUCACAAGGUGACUCAAUACAAGAAGGGCAAGGAUAGUCUUGCUGCUCAGGGUAAGCGUCGUUAUGACCGGAAACAGUCCGGUUAUGGAGGUCAGACCAAGCCAGUCUUUCACAAGAAGGCCAAAACCACCAAGAAGAUUGUUCUUAGGCUGCAGUGCCAGGGUUGCAAGCAUGUCUCUCAGCACGCAAUCAAGCGUUGCAAGCAUUUUGAGAUAGGAGGAGACAAGAAGGGAAAGGGAACUUCUCUUUUCUAAAUUUGUGUUACUAUGUCAUUUUUGUUUUUAUGGAUCUUGAAAUAGAGUUAUGGGAUAUUUGUUAACCUAGACAUGUUGUCAUGUUAAAGAUCGAUUUUGUUUGUUGAACUUUGUCAAUGUUAUUCUUCUUAAGGUUCCGAUAAGAUUUUAAAUGCUGUGCUUUUGAAA